AUGACAUCCGAAACACCCUUCAGCAACUGGCAAGACCUCGUCGCCGCCAAACGCCAUGAUUGCGAGCAGAAAAUUCCCCGGGAAUGGCUUCUGAGCGCGAACCAUCUGGCGCUCGCGCAGGAAUCCCCGCGUUUACUUGAUAUUGAUCUUCCUCGUCGCUGUGGUCUGCUCUCCGAGGUCGAAUUGGAUCUGACGGAAAAUUAUACCGCGAGUCAGCUAUUGGUCAAAUUGGGUUCGGGGCAGGCCAGUUCGCUGGCUGUUACAACGGCAUUCUGUAAGAGGGCUGCUAUUGCGCAGCAGGUUAUCUCUUGUCUCACGGAGACCUUCUUCCCCCAGGCGCUGGAGCGUGCUAAGUACCUGGAUGAUUAUCUCCAGCGGGAGGGAAAGCCCAUUGGUCCCCUACAUGGUCUGCCGAUUAGCAUAAAAGACAGUUUCUGUGUCGAGGGUGUGCAGUCAACAAUUGGAUAUGUCGAAUUUCUCAAGAACGAACCCGCGAAGACGAACUCAGCGCUAGUGAAGAUGCUGCUGCAACUUGGCGCGGUGUUAUACGUGAAGACCAACAUCCCACAGACAAUGAUGACAGCAGAUUCGGAGAAUAACAUCUUCGGCCGCACCCUCAAUCCACACAAGACAACCCUAACAGCCGGCGGAUCCAGCGGCGGCGAGGGUGCACUAGUAGCAUUCCGAGGAUCGAUUUUGGGCGUGGGGACCGACAUCGCUGGCUCGAUUCGCAUUCCCGCGCUAUGCUGCGGCGUGUACGGUUUCAAGCCAACAAACGACCGUAUCCCCUUCGGUGGACAGGUCUCUGGGGCCGUGAAGGGGAUCCCGGGACUUGUUCCAGCCGCGGGUCCGCUAGCACAUAGCAUCGCCGAUCUCAAGCUGCUGAUGAGUUCCGUCGUUGCCGACGGCCAGGCGUGGAAGUAUGACUCUGCUGCCAUUGGGGUCCCAUGGCAAGCCAUCCCUUCUGGUAUCAAUUCCAGUGGAAGCUUGACUAUUGGCGUGCUUGCUGAAGAUGAACAUUUCCCGCUCCACCCGCCUGUCAAGAGGGCUCUAGAUCGGGCGGUUGAGGCUUUGACGCGCGCAGGACAUCGUAUUGUCCGACUUGGCAGUGAGGAUGAAGCACACAGCUUAGCCUAUGCGUCGCGUCUUGCGUUUCAGUAUUUCAUGUACGGCCCGCGCAAGGAUCUUAUUGCGGCCAGUGGCGAGCCCGCUGUGACUUCAGUUGCUAAGGCUGCGUCACCGAUGUUCGCUGGCCCGCUCCCUGCCCAGCAAGGCCUAGAAACGUUCGAUACCAUCAAGACAUUGUAUGAGGCUCGCCAGCGGGUUCAUGAUGCCUGGAGGCAGACAUGGGUGGAUCAGAAGCUUGAUGUGAUUCUGGCUCCUGGAGCUCAGAGUACAGCUGUGGUCCACGAUAUGUAUGGAUGGCCUUCUUAUACGGUGAUUUGGAACGUCUUGGAUUAUCCCGCAUGCAUAAUUCCAUUUGGAAAAGCGUCCAAAGAGCUUGAUCCCGAGCCUAUGAUAACAGAUGCUGAUACGCAGCCGGACUAUCAUCCCGAUGAGGUAGAUGGUGCGCCAUGUGCUAUCCAGGUCGUCACACCGCGCUUCCAAGAUGAGAAGUGCUUGUGGGCAGCGGAUAUCAUUGACCGGGCAUUGGCCGUUUAUGGCAAAGAAUAA